AUGAGCUGCGCCGACGAUCUUACAGCGGAUGAUUUGACUAAUAAUGUCACCACGGAAGUGCUAGAGCGGGUGACAGCGGGAGAAGGGAGCAAUACGAAUCUUUGGGGUCAAAUAGAUAAAGACAAUGUGACAGGUCUCAAUCUGGAGGAUGUAUCUUCUGCUCCUAAAGUAAUCAAGACAUGGGAUGAGAGGUUGGAUGAAGAGCUCUUUGUGGAAUCGGGUGUGGACGAUGAUUUAAUAUUAUACAUACCAUUCAUCUCAUCCUUACGUUUACGUACAUUGCUUCUCCAUCCUCCUGCCCCAGGCCAUCCACAUCGACCAGGUCGCCUGAGAUUGUUCGCCAAUCUACCUCAUUGUCCCGAUUUCUCAGAUCUGGAGUCGAUGGCACCUAUCAUGGAUAUUGAUAUUAGUUCUCCACCCAAUGGGACUAGGAGAUUACCCGAUGGGAGGAGGGAAGUGGAGGAAUGGGGAUUGAAAGUUCAAAAGUUGGCGAAUGUUUUUAGUAUAAUACUUUAUUUCUCCGAAGCGGAAACAUCCCUUCGAUCGACAAUGUUCUACGUAGGAUUCAAAGGUGACCCAAAAACACAUACGAUGGACAUGUCUAAACUUGGUCAAGUCCCUGCUCAGAAUGCAGCGGACAAGAAGAUUGAUGAAGUGGCGGAUAAGAAAGGUUCGGGUUAUACUACCAUUAGAUGA